AUGGUCUAUGGUUCCCCACCUUCGCUCCAGGAGCUGGCUUUACAGUGCCUGGUGAGGAAUGAGGGAUUGACCGACUCUGUUCUGGAGAACCUUCCAAAGGUGUUCUUCUCACCUCUGUUCAAGGAGGCUGACAUUCAAAGAAAAACAACGAUGAUUAAGAGCCUGGUGGAAUACUGGCCUUACUCUUCCCUUCAUGUUGGGUUGCUAAUUAAUAAACCCAAAUUACAGAACCUCCAGGCUAUACUGGAUGGAUUAGACACAUGGCUGAAACGGAAGUAUCGACCCAGGAAGACAAGACUUCAAGUAGUUGACUUGAAUGGAUAUGCUUCCUCAGAUAUGCAAGAUGGAAGAGAGGGUAGAGACCACUUAGUAGAAACUAAGCUUGAGGGGCAAGUAGUGGAGGGCUUCUCAAGAUACACAAGGAAGUGUUUGAGGGUGUUCAUUGACCUUUCCUUUAUGUCUUCUCGGCAUGAAGAUGAAUACCAAAUACAGUUGUUGCAGUGGGCAAAGAAUAAAAAAGAUUCCCUGCAUUUGUGCUGUGAGAAUUUGGAGAUUGGAGCAAUAGAAGUGUCCAAGGUCAGGGAGGAGUUAAAUAUUUUACAGCUAGAGUAUGUCAAGCAGUUAGAACUGAAUACAGUAGGGAGUAUAUCCAAACUGGCAAAACUUAUACCUUGCAUCAGCAAAAUGAGAAAUCUCCAGAAACUCAUGCUAGUGCGCAUCUUUGGAACAAGAACUUACACACGCGAGGAAAAUGACAAUGUCACCAAGAUCAUGUCUCUGUUCCCCAAACUCACCUGUCUCCAGGAUCUCACUAUCGAUGAUGUCUAUUUUCUCACAGACCACAUGGAAGAGUUGUUCAGGUGUCUGGGGGCCUCACUGGUGUCCCUCAAGAUCACUCUGUGCCAACUCUCUCAGUCAGACUUGGUAUCAUUUGCCCAGGAUUGGAACUACAGUCAGCUGAAACAUCUGUGCUUGAGAGGUGCCACUUUAACUUACUUGAACAUCAUGCCUCUAAAACUUUUCUUAGACAGUGUUGCAGAUAAUCUGCAGACUCUGGAAUUAGAAGACUGUAGAAUGAAUGACUCUCACCUCAGUGUUCUUCUGCCUGCUCUAAUCCAAUGUCUACAGCUCACAAGUAUCAAUUUGUUUGAUAAUGACAUCUCUAUGGAUGCCCUGAAGAAAUUUCUACUCAAUACUACCCAUAUGAGCCAGUUGACCACAGAAAUGUACCCUGCUCCAGUAGAGGUCUAUAAUGAGUCGAAUUAUGUGGACGUAGAGACAUUUUCUGAGCUUUGUGCCGAACUAAAGGAUGAACUCAGUGCUGUAAGGCAGCCCAAGUCAAUCUGCUUUGGUUCCUAUUACUGUUAUGAUUGUGAUACACGUUAUACCUAUGAAGAUGAUGUCAUGUUUUGUUUGUGUGUUGAGUAA